AUCAAAAUAAUAAAGGCACAAAAUGCUAGUGAUGUAAAGUACGCGCACGGCCGCCGGUGAUCCGGCGUGCGUCUAAAAAUGACUUUUAAUGUUACCUAAACAGCCCCCAAUAGUCAAAGUAGAACUAAUUUUAGAUUUGUUAAGAAGUUAAUGGUUCAAUGUCAAUUGUUGUUGUGUAUAACGAUUAUGUCUAGUAAAUAAUCGUUGUUUUUAGAUAUUAUUAUAUCUGUAAGCAGUUAAUCAAGCUAGAAACAAUGCCAGACUGGACAUGGUUGGUGUUGGCGGCGCUGUUCGGCGCGCUGUCCGCGCUGGCGGUGCCACUGCUACUCCUCUUAUAUUUCGUGCGUCCAUUCGAGAAGAAAUCGUCUGUGGAGGAGCAUUAUUGCCUGCCAGUCACUUUACCACCUGAGAUACUGAACGAGUUGACCCGAGGAGCGGGUUGUACUCCAGAGGGCGCUCUGAACGCAAUGCUCCAGUUCAUCUUCCAGCAGAGUACGGCAGACACACGCUGGUUGAGACGGCGUAUGGCCACUGAAUUGGCGGAGCUCCUCGCCAAAACAUCCUCGGGGAAGAUCUUUGAAUCCUUAACACUCCGCUCCCUAGAAGUUGGUACAGAGUUUCCAACUAUUACGAACCUACGUCUACUUAGUGGUGAACUGGAAGACGAUGGUGCAAGGCUACGCUCACUCGACUUAAACUUCGACCUUGCCUAUGACGGGAACUUCAAGAUUGAUGUAGAUGCAGUUAUGUUGUUGGGGAAAAUAGCAAAUAUUUCUAUUACAGUGGAAAGCAUAAGUGGGAACGUGAGAAUUAUGUUCAGACGUACUCCAUACACACACUGGGCUCUGGCAUUCGAAACGCAACCUAAACUAGAAUUGCGAGUACGUGGUCGCUUCCAAGGCAGACAGCUCAAACCUAGGCUAGCUUCAUUGGUCGCUGCACAUAUCAGACGAGCUAUCGCCCAGAGGCAUACACUACCUAACUACAAGAUACGAUACAAGCCAUUCUUCCCCAAGUCAGAACCGGGAAGUGCUGAGGGGGACGAAGGUCCUACACCUCAGGGACGAUUGACUGUGCGACUAGUAGAAAUUACACGUUUACAAUGGUCAGGAGCAAAUGGAACUGUACGAGCAGCUUUAGCUGUCGAUUCGCAUGGUUGGGUAUCCCUUCGGCGUGGCGUCUUAGUCUUGGACAUAGUGUUACCAGCAGUAGCCGGCCCCCUUGGGCUGGUGUGUUGUCAAGGAGUAGGAGUGGUCUUGGUAGAUACUGUGGUACCCAUGUCUCCUGCCUACCGCGCUGACUUGAGGAGAGACGACGUCGUUUUGGCUAUAGAUAAUAAACCAGUGAAUAACGUAGCCCAAGUCGGCAAAUUAUUAAAAUGUGUGGAUCGUCGAGCGGUGACUGUGCGCGUGCGUCGUGGUGCACGUCGUGAAGAUGCUCUCACAGCGAGCGGAACUUCAGCCAACAUAACUGCUGCAUCCAAUGAACCACGCCGCAUGCGCACAAACUUUACCUUCCGCCGCGUCUCCGAAGUUAUGGAGGGAGUCCGCCUUCAGGGCAUGAGGGCAGCCACUUCAAGAACUAACUUGCAAGAAACAGAAUCACCCUCGAAAGUAGCUGAACCACAAACUGAAACGGAAACCCAAUCAAAGCAGAAAAGUGAACUAACAAGGCAACCUUCAAAGACAUCCGAACCAAUGGGGCCUAGUAACUUUGGACUACGGAAACGAAGAUGCUCAGUCGAAAACAAGUCUUCCGAUAGCUCCGCAGGCAGUACACCACCCGCAUCAGGCGCCAGUACACCACUACGUCAAGCCACUACCAUAAACAAAACUGUCAAACAUCCAGAAAUACCAAUCAUCCGAACCGACUCCUCAGAGUGUAAAGUCCCUGAAAAAUCCGAAAUACUGGACGAGGAAGAGCAAAUAUUUGAAACUGGAGGACCAAGGCAAAGCGAACACGUAGAAAUCUGUCAAAUGUAUUGGACCAAAAGUAUACAGUUGAAGCCCAUAAUACCUUUUGAUGAAGAGACUGAUUUCAAGUUGAACGAGAAUCACAAGUAUUUGAAUAUAAAUGUUUGGGCAACUGUGCCUGGAGAGAAAGACGAAGUGCUAUUAGGAUAUUUGAAUAUACCUUUAUCGGCUCUAUUAGCUGAAUGCCAAGAUUCCACUGUACCUCAUCAUAUGAAGAGAUAUCAGUUUCUGCCGCCAGAUGUCGAUAUCAAAUUUAGCAAAAGCCACAAAUUGUCAUCACAUCCGGGAUUUGAGCCAUGUUUAUGCUUUGGCGACGCUCUGGUCUGGUGGGAAUGGGAAGGCGUUGGUGGCAAUCGGUCCUCAAGUCGCACCACUGCUCGUGAACCAGCACUGCCGCGACCGCCGAAACCGACUCGUGCGACUCACGACUUUGUACGCACGCAUUUCCAUCGAUCGACGCAAUGCGAUUUCUGUAACAAAAAGAUAUGGCUGAAAGAUGCAAUGCAAUGUCGCAACUGUGGUCUAUGCUGCCACAAGAAAUGCGUCGCAAAAUGUCAAGAGUCUUCUCCAUGUGUACCAAAACAAGAUCAAGGGCUUAACUGUCCACCGCCAGAGGUCAUAAUGACGGAACCAGACGCUGCUGAUGCAGAUUCCGAUGAUGAACCUGAGAGAAAAGACUCUUUGGAUGUCCACGAAGAAGGUGGUGGAGCGAUGAGCGCGCUGGUUGCUGGAUUGCGGCGAGCAGGCUCAGCGCACUCACUGUCGGCGCCGAAGACCUGCUCCUCUUCACGUUCCCUACCACCGUCACCCAGUCACACGCCCAGUCCUUGUAACGCAAAGGAAGCAGUCUCUGGAGGCGGUAGGCAACCCGUUCGGCGGAUGCGGCGUAACAUGGCUGCAGAAGGGCGGCGUGAGCGCGAUGCUGCAGCCGGCACUACGCAGCGCUCUGCCGCCGGACGCGCUGCUGGCAGCGGCCAGGGACUCCGCGCCUGAGCUGGCAUCCAGGCUCUCCGCCCAUCAGAUACAUGAAAUGCUUCAAGCAGUCCGCGAGGAGUUGUCAGCGGAUGACGCGGGUGGUGCAGGCGAAGACAGCGGUGAAGGUCGGGCGUGCGCGCUCACCGCCCUGAUGUUGCACUGCUGCGCCGCGGCGCAACUAGCCCAGCAGCGCGCCGAACCGGCGCCCACUUGAUACCAAUAAAUUAUUGUUCUUUGUGA